CAUCGCCCGUGAAUGUUUGCGUCGGGACGGGGGCACGGAACUGCUGUAGGGUCGACGAAUAAUUGGAGAUGAAGGAGAAAAAUGGAAAUGAAACAGCGGUGUUAGUCUCGAGGCCGUAACUCAGCGGCAGUACGAUUAUUUGUGGCCUCGCUCUUCAGUGAAUGUUAUAUGAGGACUUGCGGAGGAAGUGCUUUAGUCGCAGUAAGGUAGCGAAUGUAGGCAGAGUUGGGGAGGGCUGUAGCUGCUGGGGUUUUUUUUGGAGAGGGAAAACAACAUGGCUGCGGUGGAGCUCGAAUGGAUCCCAGAAACACUGUACAACACCGCUAUCUCGGCGGUGGUGGACAACUACAGCCGGUCAAGAAGGGACAUACGCUCGCUCCCGGAAAACAUACAGUUUGAUGUGUAUUAUAAGCUUUACCAGCAGGGCCGGCUCUGCCAACUGGGGGGAGAGUUCUGUGAGCUGGAGGUGUUUGCUAAAGUACUGCGUGCUUCAGACAAAAGACACCUCUUGCACCAUUGCUUUCAGGCACUAAUGGACCACGGUGUGAAAGUGGCCUCAGUUCUGGCAAACUCCUUCAGCCGUCGCUGCUCCUACAUCGCAGAGUCUGAUGCCCAUGUCAAAGAGAAGGCCAUCCAGUUCGGCUUUGUGCUGGGUGGCUUCUUGUCUGAUGCGGGCUGGUAUGGAGAUGCAGAGAAAGUGUUUCUGUCGUGCCUGCAGCUGUGCACGCUCCACAGUGAGGUCCUCCACUGCUUCCGCGCUGUGGAAUGCUGUGUCAGGCUGCUUCAUGUCCGCAAUGGCAACUGUAAGUACCACCUGGGGGAGGAGACCUUCAAGCUUGCUCAGUCUUACAUGGACAAACUAGCCAAACAUGGCCAUCAGGCCAACAAGGCAGCACUGUAUGGCGAGCUUUGUGCCUUGCUCUUCGCCAAAAGCCACUAUGAUGAGGCAUACAAGUGGUGUAUAGAGGCUAUGAAGGAAAUUACUCCAGGGCUGCCUGUCAAAGUAGUGGUUGAUGUCCUCCGGCAAGCCUCAAAGGCCUGCGUGGUGAAGAGAGAGUUCAGAAAAGCAGAGCAGCUGAUCAAACACGCAGUGUUUCUAGCAAGAGAACAUUUUGGACACAAGCAUCCAAAGUACUCCGACACGCUGCUAGAUUAUGGAUUUUACUUAUUAAAUGUAGACAACAUAUGCCAAUCAGUUGCUAUUUACCAGACAGCACUGGACAUCCGACAGUCUGUGUUCGGGGGGAAGAACAUCCACGUCGCCACAGCCCAUGAAGACCUGGCCUACUCGUCAUACGUGCACCAGUACAGCUCUGGGAAAUUCGACAACGCUCUAUUCCAUGCAGAACGUGCCAUAGACAUCAUAACUCACAUUCUGCCUGAGGACCAUCUGCUGCUGGCCUCCUCCAAGAGAGUCAAAGCCCUGAUUCUGGAGGAAAUCGCCAUUGACUGCCACAACAAGGAGACAGAAGAGCGCCUUCUGCAGGAGGCUCACGACCUCCACCUCUCCUCACUGCAGCUGGCCAAGAAGGCCUUCGGGGAGUUCAACGUCCAGACGGCCAAACACUAUGGCAACCUAGGACGGCUCUACCAGUCCAUGAGGAAGUUCAAGGAAGCAGAGGAGAUGCACAUCAAAGCCAUCCAGAUCAAGGAGCAGCUUCUAGGCCACGAGGACUACGAGGUGGCUCUGUCUGUGGGUCACCUGGCCUCCCUCUACAACUACGACAUGAACCAGUAUGAAGACGCAGAGAGGCUCUACCUGCGCUCCAUUGCUAUCGGUAAGAAGCUGUUUGGAGAGGGUUACAGCGGGCUGGAGUACGACUACCGAGGCCUGAUCAAACUCUACAACUCUGUGGGAAACUACGAGAAGGUGUUUGAAUACCACAACGUACUGUCCAACUGGAACCGGCUGAGGGACCGGCAGUUUGCCGUGGCAGAUGCCCUGGAGGAUGUCAACACUACGCCCCAGCAGACCCAAGAAGUGGUACAAGCUUUCCUAUUGGCUCAGAGUCUGGGUCCUACCCGCCCCUGUCUUGGCUGAUUUUAUGAGGAAGGAGAUGGGGGAAAAAAGACAUGUGGGCUUCAGCCUGGUGAGGACGCAUAAAGCCCAAAUGUGAUGCUUCAGUUGCACACAGUUAAUUCGUAAUACACAGUAAAUUCAAGCAUCACCGGCAAGUCAGUUGGCUUCAUAGUCACUGCAGCCGCCAGUACACACACAGACACACACACACAUUUAGUCGUGGAAUAAAAAAAAAGUAGAGAAGACACAGUUAUCAAACCUCAUCAACACCCACACGAACCACCAACAUGCAACUCCAGACUGGACGCAGCUUCACCCCACACAGCAGACUGUUGCAUUUCUCCAAGAGAAAGAGGACACACAACUGAAGGGGGGGGACCUUUUUAAAAGAAAAAAAACAACGACCUCAAACGUCCUGUAAGGAUGACAAACGACCUCUCCUCUUCUCUUGUCUCACUCGCCUUUUUCUUUUCAGUUUAGAAUCGGAGGACGUUUUUUGCUUUUGUAUUUGAACCAGUGUAGCUCUGAAUGCCAUGAGACUCAUCGCAGAUCAAAACCAUGUUCUCCAGGGCUAUGUACAUGACAGUAUCUGGACCCCCGCGCACAUCUGUGAAAAUCCCUGUUUCAAACUACAUCCAUCAACGUCAUCACCUGGAGGAACAGAGAUGGAAAAUGUCAGAUAUUUUUGACACUUGUACAGUAAAAUAAUACUGCAGAUUGUACACUUAAGUUUCAGUUGAAGGCUUCUUGUUUGUUUUUUUCUUUGCAAAGAAAUGAAAGUGGACCCUAAGAAAACUUUGAACUGCUUGGUGGAGAGAGAUUACAAACAGUGGUUGAAUGUGUUGAACCAGUGGGUAUAUUGUUAUACACAGAACAAGCUUCACAGGGCUUGUUUUCAAUUUAUUUUAUCUCCUUGUCCAGUUUAGUACUGACCUAGAAUAAUUAAAAUGCCAAUAAUUUAUAUGCAAAAAUGUAUGUUUAUGUAGCCCUUUGUUUAUGCUUUCUUACUGAGUGAGCCAUGAAUUCUAAACAAACUGCUCAACACUAUUACUUCAAAACCAAGGACAUGGAUAGGAGUGGAGGAAGGUCUACAUGUACAGAGAGGCUCAUAAACCGCCCUUUAGUUGUUAAUCUUAAGGUGCGGCUUUGUGUGUGUGUGUGUGUGUGUGUGUGUGUGUGUGUUGGUAUACACAGAUAGAACUCUGGGUGCCCAAGUGCUCCACUGAUGAUUACCAGCCUUACACCAGCUUGCAGUUAUCUGUCUGUAGACGGACCCAUACUUCUAAGUGCUAAAUAAACUAUUAUACCCUUAAGGGCACUACAAUGGGGACCAAUAUUGUAUAUUUGUGCGAGUGUGUGUGCAUGUGUUGCCAGCCUGUUUACCUGUGCAUCUGGCCUUUCCUCUACACACCAUCCUGUCAUGUCAGAGCCCAUUAAAGCAAAGUUCCAGAUUUUUAUUUUUUGUUUUUCCAUCCUACUGGCUGUUUCUGUCCAGAGUCCCACCAACUGCUCCACUAUAGAGGUCAACUCUCAUGCUUGCAACGUUCUUCAAUCAUAAUGAAUGGGAAAAUAACCCUGAAAGCAACCAGUGACAUGUCUUUUUCUUAAAUUGCCAUGAUGAUCACUUCAUGUCAGUAAAAAUGACCUCUUGCCAAAUCUUAACCAGCUCAGCUUUUAAAGGAUCAGAUCACUCUGAUUACAAAAAAAUACAGUACCCAACUGUAUUGCUUUUGCAACCAAUAAUGAAUGAUAGGCUGAUACCAGCAUUGACAUUUGGGAGUUUACCGAUAUCAGACAAGAUAUGUCCAUACCUUAAACUCUCUACAGUGUGAAAAUCUAGCACCCUCUGCUGGACAAUCUAUGUAAUAGCAACACUGUUUAGAUGGCCUUGUAUGGAAAGCUAAGGAAACAUAUCUUUGGCAUUUCUCUGCUGACAUUUCUUGUGAUUUUUCAGCCAACAUAGACACACAUACAUCUGUAAUAAGCCAAUAUUGGCCCAGUUGAUUUAUCAGAUUGUAUGUUCUCAGACUGUUUCAAUUGAAGAGUUUUUUGAGGCCUGAAGAGGUAAAACCGUACAGUAUUUAAAGAGAUAAACAUCAUUUUGCGUAGUAGAUAUGUGUUUUUUAUUUAUUUCCACCAAUGCCGACAUGGUAACUAGCCUUGCAGAUAGUUUUGGGUUUUUUUACGUCCUUACUAUACUAGACAUUAGAUUCCAUUCCCUUUCACUGUAUUAUCGGUGAUUAUUUUCACGAUAUGUUUUGUCUAUGAAAUGCCCAAAAAUUUGAAAAAUGCUGAUAACAAUUUCCCAGAUCCCAAAGUGACGUCUUAUCCAACAGUCCAAAACCCAAAGACUUCAUGUACAGAGAGGAAAAUUACAUUACAUUACAUUUAAGAAGCCAGAACCGGCAGAUAAUUGACAUUUUAGCUUGCGAAAUGACUGAGACGAUUAAUCAAUUACCAGAAUAGCUCUAAUUGACCCUUCCUAAGCCCCGCCCCUUUUUGCUCUGUGCUCCAAUGACAGUUGAGCCAGCCGCGGUCAGAACCUCAGUCAACCUUUUCCUUUCCUGUACUUUAUGCUAUGUGCUAGGCUAAUCUGUGUUGGAAAAGACAACCACAAAAAAACAAAACUAUGUGCAUGGCUAACUACUAUUAGAGGUAAGUGAGAAAGUUUUUUCUCCUAAUUAGGGGUGAAGUGACCCUUUAAAUAAGAGCCGCGUGGUCAUGGAAGAACUGAGACAAGCAUGUGGCUCUGCAGAGCAGUAACUGCUCUCCCUGAUGGAAAAUGUCCAGCUGUAAAACCAAAUCCGGCAUUAAUAUCUGCAACGUUACUGAAAAUCUGAUGCCUUCAAUAAGCACCCCCACUGUUUUUGUUUUUCAAGAGAAUGAAGAAAACGAGCUUUGCCUUGCUGUCGCUUCAGUGCUGUCGGACGUCUCCCUCUCUAGCAGUGAUGCGAGUGGCUCUAGCUGAGGAGGUCCAGCCUUAGCCCCCUUAAAAGGACGCUCAGCUACACUCUUGGUGCUUCGGCUUCAACAGGCGCCCCCUCCCUCCUGAAACACACACCUUACUACUGGGAGACGGACAACAUUUUUCCAGGGCGGACAUGGAAAUGAAUGUUAUAGUCCUAGAUCUAUACACAGGUCAAAUUGCAGAAAACAUGUCUGAGUCAGGCUACAUAUCUUCGUAACUGCAAACAUUUAAUGGAACAAUGUACUCUCAGAUACUCCUCCACUGUUAGAUAUCAUCAUGGAUUUAUUUUGUUCUCUCUCAUAGGUCAUGUCACCUGUUGAAUUGCAUCCUGGUCUAUUAGGACUACCAUAUUGGAGCCACUGGCAAUCAAUUUCUGUAUAAAAAUCUGCAUAAAGAUUCAAGAAAAGGUUAUUUUUCACUGAUUUUGACGUGAAGUAUUUUCUGCCCACACUGGAGCUGAACUUUCAAUAUCUUGCCAUGAUAAAAAAAAAAAAAGGUGUUUUUCCUUUAACAGUAACCCUGAGAAACCCGCUCUACUGGUGGAAUGUAAGGUCCGACUCAACAAUACCUACUGGUCAUCAUUGUGAUCUACUGAUAUCUGAAAGGGAAUUACCAUAUAGUGUCAGUGCUGGAGGGGGAGGGAGGGUCAAAGGGUGUGGGGGCUUGCUGGGAAAUGUGGACAAAGAUGUUCAAUAAAGCUGUGAUUUCUUCACCAGCCCUGUUUCUCUUAAGAGUCCGGAUGAUUGACACCAAACGCGAUGAGGGGGAUGUUUCACUGUUGUCCUGUUACUGCUUCACUGUUAGCUGCAAAAACAUUAAAACUUGUAUCAUUGAUCACGAA